UUGCGCGGAUGCAGCAUCAGGAGGAGUCUGCUCGUUGAUUUCGAGUGGCUGGCCACCGCCUUCCAUUCGUCCCCCCCCCGCCCGUUGCUGCAGGAGUCCUCUCCCCCACGGACUGGAUACAUGAAGAAUUUCCCGUAAACGACAUCUUCCCUGCAAUAAUGGGCCGCCAGCUAAUUACUGCGUUGACAUGUUGAUAUAAAGAUAUUUCAAAUAUCAAAUAUGAAUCAUGCAUUUGAUAUUUCUGGCAAAUUUGCUCGUGAGCAUCCUUGCGUCCUGGCUCCAUCCAUCCAUAGCGGCAAUUGGAGGAGAGAAUGAGGUGGUUGAGAGGGACGCAGUGUCAUUAUUGUUGGAGCGAGAGGCAACUGCAGCAACGGCCACAGACAACACAAGUCACCAUGCGGCUGAGCAUGUGAUCACCUAUCCCUCUCGGCUCAUCUACUACCUGAACGAGGACUCAGAGAGCACUUACCAUGACCUGGACACCCGGGUUAGGAACCAGGCCACAGAGGGUCGUGAUCAGGCGGUCCACCUUGCUCAAGCCAGUUUCCAGUUAGAGGCCUUUGGCUCCAGAUUUGUAUUGGACCUAACGUUAAACAAUGACUUGUUGUCAUCUGAUUAUGUGGAGAUCCACUAUGAAGAGGGUAAACCUGUACUAUCAAAGGGUGGUGAGCACUGUUACUACCACGGCCAGGUGAGGGGGGAAGAUGACUCUAAUGUGGCCUUGUCUACCUGCAAUGGGCUGCACGGAAUGUUUGAUGAUGGACUCUAUGUGUAUCUAAUUGAGCCUUUGCAACAGACUCACUCAAUUGAUACAGCUGCACGACCCCACUCACUGCGCAGGAGGCCCACCCUCCAGUGGAGCAAUGACCCAGAGGAACUGGUGGAGGAGGAGAGGCUGCUUUUGGAGCUGGAUGACAUGUCCUGGCUGAAGCGCAGGAAAAAGCGGGCUAUGCCUCGGAAUGUCUUUGAGGAGAUGAAGUAUUUGGAGAUUAUGAUCGUCAGUGACCACAAUAUGUAUAAACGACACAAGACCAAGCAGCACACCAGGAACUUUGCCAAGUCAGUGGUGAACUUUGUGGAUGCUAUCUUUAAGGAGCACCUGCACACACGUGUCGUUCUGGUUGCCGUGGAGAUAUGGACGGACAAGGACCAGAUUCCCAUCAGUGUGAAGCCGCUGGACAUGCUGAAAGAUUUCUCUAAGUACCGGGCGCAGAGCAUCAAGCAGCACGCUGACGCUGUGCACCUCUUCACCAAUGUGACCUUCCACUACCGCCGGAGCAGUGCAGCAUACUUCGGGGGCUUGUGCUCUGUGAGCCGUGGAGUAGGGGUCAACGAGUAUGGCAGCACGUGGACCAUGGCUUCGUCACUCUCCCAGAGCUUGGCACAGAACCUAGGCAUCCAGUGGGAUCCAGCUGCCAAGAGAAAGGAAUGUGGCUGCGCUGACUCCUGGGUGGGCUGCAUCAUGGAGGAUACUGGGGUCCAGCAUCCCCGGACCUUCUCCAAGUGCAGCAUCUCAGACUACAAGGAGUUCCUGCUGAAGGGCGGUGGAUCCUGUCUUUUUAACAGGCCAAACAAGCUGUUUGAAUCCACAGAGUGUGGGAAUGGAUACAUUGAAGUGGGAGAGGAGUGUGACUGCGGAGCUAGAUCCGAGUGCUACAAGGAAUGCUGUAAGAAGUGUUCCCUAGCUAAUGGUGCACAUUGUGCUGACGGACCUUGCUGCAACAACACUUGUCUGUUCUACCCGCGAGGUUAUAGUUGUCGCUAUGCGGUGAAUGACUGUGACAUCUCAGAGACAUGCUCAGGGGACUCUGGCCAGUGCCCUCCUAACCUUCACAAACAAGAUGGCUACCACUGUCAAGUCAACCAGGGACGCUGCUACGGUGGAGAGUGCAAGACCAGGGGGAACCAGUGCAAAUACCUCUGGGGUCCAAAGGCGGGAGGCUCUGAGAAGUUCUGCUAUGAGAAGCUCAAUACAGAGGGAACAGAGAAGGGAAACUGUGGGAUGGAUGGAGAGAAAUGGCUCCAGUGCAGCAAGCACGAUGUGUUCUGUGGGUUCCUGCUGUGCAGCAACAUUGGACGCAACCCCCGCAUCGGCAUGAUGAAGGGAGACAUCACCCCCACCUCCUUCAACCAUCAGGGCAGGCUGGUGGACUGCAGUGGUGGCCAUGUUCUUUUGGAUGAUGAGACUGACUUAGGCUACGUGGAGGACGGGACGCCCUGUGGGCCGUCCAUGAUGUGCCUUGACCGCAAGUGUCUGCCCAUCCAGUCCCUCAACAUGAGCGCCUGCCCCAGCGGGCCCAACAGCCAAGUGUGCUCAGCCCACGGGGUGUGUAACAAUGAGGCGACGUGCACCUGUGACACCACAUGGGCGGGGACAGACUGCAGCAUGCCUGACCCCCCCAAGGAGCCUGCACCCUCAGAAGAUGAAGGACCCAAGGGUCCUAGUGCCACCAAUCUUAUAAUAGGUUCCAUCGCCGGAGCCAUCCUGGUGGCUGCCAUAGUGCUGGGGGGGACUGGAUGGGGCUUUAAAAAUGUGAAGAAGCGACGGUACGACCCCAACGCCAGUGCCAUAUAAGGCCGGAGGAGAGGUCGAAGGGCACAGAGGGAUCCUCUGGACUGCACUUACAGCUGCUGAUUUUUGGCAUUAGAUUUACUUGAAAAGGAAAUAGAGGACAAUUUAACAAAUUCCAUCUUAGUCAUGUAGAAAUGCAGCCUUCUUCAACCCCAUCCACCUAACAACCCCAUCCUGAUCUCUAGAGCCACAGAACUCCGCUCUUUUUCCUUUCAUCGUUAGUGCCAGUGCACAGGCGUUCAGGCGGAACUCACACCAUUAUAUUCUCUCACCAGGCAUGAUUUCCCGCACAGAGUGUGCAGCUCGCUGGCUCUGGCAUGAGGAGCCCUCGCUAAUGGACUCUGCAUGGCUACCAAAGCUAUGAACAACACACAGCAAAAAAAGAGAGAAGUCACUACUGAAUCGUCAAAUGGAGGAGAUAGCCUCAUUAAAAAACAAACCCGGUGGUACCCUGAAACGGCCCCUCCUUAGGUCACCACUAGGAGAGGAGGAAGGCUGCAUGUUAGUACCCAAAUGGGAAAUGCAGACCACAUUCAAUAAAUGGAAGUAUAUAUCGGGCAACAUUGUACAUAAAAGAAGAGAAAAAGUUCAGAUUCUGAAAUAUAACAUAUCAUUUUACACUGACACACUCUGCUUCUGUUUUAUCUUUAAGCAUGUUGUAUAGCGGGUGUUUUUGGCAAUGUUGAUAUAAAACAGUAACGCAAUUAUGAUUUGGGCCAAAAUGCUAUGGAUAACCAGACAAUGUCAUAAUCUGUCUAUUAGGUGUUACCACACGCUACAUUCUGUAUUUAUCCAAUAUAGAGGUCAAGGGUCAGGUUCAGUAUAAACAGGACAGAGCAGAGGUCAGAUUUAGGGGUCUACAUGUGUCUUCUCUAGAGGUCAGGGCACAGCGAUGAUGACAGAAAGAUAGAUCACAGAUUAUCCAGUCUAUGAAUGACGUCAUGGGGUUUCUUAAGUACUUCCAGUAGUGACUCAAAAGCCAAAGAAUCAAUCACGUGGAAUGUUUGGAUGUUGUCGCACACAGAGCACUUUCCCCUUUGUCUGCAAUCUGUGUGCCUCUCUCUCCCAGUGCUGCAGACAGGCACGCAGUGUGUCCCUGCAGAUUAGUCCCACCUGUGUUAUCAGGUGGUGUCACUAUUUAACAGUCCUCAUCAACACCCACUAUACUGGCUGGCAUGGCGCUCUCCAUAAACUCUUACUAGAAAUCAAGUUCAGCUCUACUGGUACACUGCAUGCAUUCACACUAUAGUGGGCUUAUAAUUCUAUAAGGGAGUCCCAAAAUCCGCAAGCUAAAAUAUGCUACAAAAGAUAGGUGCAUGUCAACAAACAAAACAUUUAACUUUUAUUUCUAUGCAAAGAAAGAUAUUGCACAAACUUAUGGGUUAUUAAAUGUAAUAAUGAUAUCAGUAUAAACAUGGAACAAAAACCUUUGCGAAUCAGCCAACCUUUUAUAUUCGGCCACUCCCACAUCUUGUUUCAUUUAGCUUCAAAGUACUGAAAUAAAGAAUGGAAAAGCAUAAUUGAAUUCAUAUGUCCAAGUGAAAAGCGAAAGAACAUCCUUUUACAUUUGUGGAAUCGAAGAACAUAUUAUUUUUGUGUGUUUUUCAACCAAUCUAAGAUGACAUUUCUCUAAUCUGACAUACUGUAUGUGCCGAGGCCUCAACAGGUUACUUUUCCAGGACUUUAGUUUCCAGCCCAGCUGACAGACAGACAGCUGGUGUGUUACAGGUGCUGCCAUAGCACUGGCAUUGUGUAAACCUCCAUGUUAGUCAUCAUCUCGUGUCCCUAUCAACACUGCAUCAUGUACAGUUGGACCGACGAAUAAACUACUGAAGUAUUUUA